AUUACCUAUCCCUAGUUUCAGUCACUUAGAGGAUUGCCACUGCGGAGUGUCCGUUUUAUUUGCAAUUAUUGGUGAUUACACAGAGAAAACAAACCGGACAAUGAACCUGACCAUCGUUUUGGUGCUACUGGCUCUCGUGGCAGUGGCCUUUGCCCAGGACCCACCGUGUGUCUUUGACAUGAGCGGUAAGAAAUGCGACGCACAGGAAGACUUCCCAAACUGCAACCUCCCCUCCUUGUCACGGACAACCUGUGUGUGUCCUCCAGGGACCCAGUGUAAGCUGCAGGGGGAUGAUGGGGCCUGCGUCUACUCAUGUGAACCACUUGGCGAGCAACCCAAAGACAACAAUGCAGGAAUGGGUCCCGGGGCUGGCAUGGUGUAGUACACACCCACGGACGUUGUCCAAGAGAUUGCACACAGCUGUGUUUAAAACAUUGGGCCACGUACUUAUCUGAUAUUACAUCUUUCCGAACAGUGACUUUGUCAAACGAUCAUCAACUCUUUAUCGGUUAACAUCUGCAUGUUUGGAUACUGGAUAACUUCAAGACAUACAAAUGGUAAUUUAAUUGAAAGAUACCAGCUAUUUCAAUUCAUAACUAAAAAGAGGUUCACUGCCACAAGGUCAUAUUGACCUAAUCUGAAGGUCAGGGUUACAGGUGCAUACCAUGUACCAUCUCAUUUUUAUAUUGUUCAGUUUGACCUAAUUCUGAAACAACUAUGUCCUGUUUGUGAACACAUUAUGUGACCAGUCUCAGUACUGAUUAUUAAAGCAAUUCAUCAUUGUU